UCAGGGAAACCAAACAUUGAUCAGUCAAACUGUUUCUGUUGCUUUUAAUUCACAUUCACAGUUUCUCCAGCUACCUCCUUCACGGUGGUAUUCAGUGUUCUAGUUUACGUCCUUCUCUGUAAAAGAAAAAAUGGCGGAUUUGCGAGACCAGUACGGCAAUCCCGUUCACCAAUCGGGCACAGGGGGCGCUCAUCAUGACACUGGCUCCGGGAUGGGCACUGGGGGUGCCUAUGGCACGGGCCACGGGAUGGGCACAGGGGGCGCUCAUCAUGACACUGGCUCCGGGAUGGGCACUGGGGGUGCCUAUGGCACGGGCCACGGGAUGGGUGCCCAAGCCGGCAUCGGUGGUGGGCAGAAGCAGCUUCAUCGCUCCGGCAGCUCGAGCUCUAGUUCGUCGGAGGAUGAUGGACAAGGUGGAAGGAGGAAGAAAGGAUUGAAGGAUAAAAUAAAGGAGAAGUUGCCGGGAGGGCGCAAGGAAGAGCAGCGGCACGACGCAGGGACGGGGCAGCAGACCCAGGAGAAGAAGGGAAUGAUGGACAAGAUCAAGGAGAAGCUACCCGGCGGCAACCGCUAGAUGGCGAUAGAGACUAUGGAAUGGGCCGGUGUGGGCUUAGGCUGCCUUUUCCUACUUUCUACUUUGUUGUUAGUAGUGGUAGGCUCGUAGCUGAAGCUCGGCGUUUGCUGUUUAGUCUUAUUAUCACCAAAAGACUUUUAAAGCCUAUACUACAUAUGAUGUCUACGUGUGUCUGUGACUGUAUAUGUAAGUAAUAAACCGGACUGUCGUUGACUUCUUGCUUGUUAUUGUUCUUAUCAGUACAAAUUAUAUAUAUUUAUA